AGUACGUCACCUGCUCCGGAUCCCGGAUGUGUGGAAAGUAGCGGCUAGUCUAGUUAGCGGUUAGCUCUAGCAAAUGUUACUGGAGUGGAUACGAGAAUAAAACACAUUAGCGUGACUUUAAAACUUAGUUCUAACUUAUAUAAAUAUGGAUACCAACAGAUAAUUCAACACAACACAGCAAGUGACGGAGUUCCCUCCAAAACAGCAAAUAUUAGGUGUACAACGGUUAGCAUUAGCGCUCAAUAGAUACCCAGCCGCUACCAUUGUUUAGCUAUAACUUAAAUUAUCACAAACAUGACUCUCGCAGUUGACCGAGAACCCCGAAAGACUGCUGGUAAUCGCAUGUCAAAACUACUGGAUGCUGAAGAAGAGGACGAGUUCUACAAGACCACUUACGGAGGCUUCAACGAUGAAUCAGGAGAUGACGAGUAUCAUGGAGAACAUUCAGACACAGAGGAUGAGGUGGACAGUGAUUUUGACAUUGAUGAGGGUGACGAGCCAGACAGCGACCAGGAGGAGGACGCGCCUCGGAGGAAAAGUCGAGUUGUCACGAAAGCAUAUAAGGAACCUAUAAAGGUGGCAAAGCCCAAACCCAAAAGACCUUCUGAGGAAACAAAGAAGACCGAGAAAGCUAAAGUGGAGCUCAAAAGGAGGAUUCCGCAAGAAUUUCAAGAUUUUGGCGAGACUCGUAAGUCUGUGCGACAGUCCACCAGUGAACACACUCGGAAGACCAAUCUGCGCUUGCAAGAGCGACAGGAUGCACCAAGGCGACGGAGAGGUGCCCACCGUGACCGGCCCCUAACCCAAGAAGAACUGCUGGCUGAGGCCAAGAUAACGGCCGAGAUCAACAUUCGAUCGCUAGAAAACUAUGAACGUCUGGAGGCGGACAAGAAGAAACAAGUCCAUAAGAAGCGGCGUUUCGAAGGACCAACCAUCCGUUAUCAUUCAGUCCUCAUGCCCCUUGUGUCUCACUCAGUCCUAAAAGAAGAAAAUGUUGAUGUUGAAGGGUUGGAUCAGGACGUUCCUCAGACUGCUCCGCCAAAUCCCUCCACACCUUCCCAGCAGCCCGCCGGAGGCUUGUGUUCCCGCACCUACAUAACGUUCAGUGAUGACGAAGCGUUCGAGGCAGGCUUCCCACCCAGCGCGCAGUCAAGUCCUCAGCUUCCUGUCCAGGAGCUCAGCAAAGAAACACUGUCCAACCACAAAGAAGAAGAAGAUAAAGACUGCAAGACUGCUGAACCCUCAUAUUUGCUUCAAGUGAACUUGAAGGGGCACUUUAUUGAUUUAACAUCAAGCAGUAACUAUCACAGCUUGAGGCUGAGGAUAAUGCAGAAGCACCUUGAAGUUCAGUGCCACCGUCGGCCGCUAGGUUCUGGCACCAAUUGACUCCCCAUUCAAAAAGUGACAACUCCUCUCUAGAAAUACUAAGUCAGUUUUUUUCAAUGAGUCAUUAUGGUUUCAAUUUCUAAAUUCGGGCCCUCUAAUAAGUGUGCUGGUGGUCAUUUUGCUCUGAUUUGGUUUAAAAAGAUGGAGCCGACCAUAAGCUGCAACUCUGGACUUCAGACUGGCUCCAAUAUAAACCGACCUCGCCACGUCCAUCUUUAUAUACAGUCUGUGUUUUACAUAUGAAGAUCAGUUUAGUUGUCAUGGUGAGUACUACUCAGCCUGUGAGAACAGUUGCACAAUUUUCUUGUAUGACUUUUAUCAGGAUGCCUUGGGUAACAAACCAGCAUGUUUGAAAGAAAUGUGAGUUUGCCAGACAGGGCAAGUCUGACAAAAGAUGCUAUUGAGUUGCAGUAUGGGAAAUGUAGGAUCCAGUGUUUCUGGACCUUGAAAAGUCAGGAUAUCUCUGCCUCUGCUGCUAUCGUUUUGAUCAUUCUUUACAACCACUAUGAACAGUAGAAAUAAUUACAGUGACCAUUAACUUUUUAAAUGCACAUAUGUUAAUAUUGUAUUAAUAUGGAUCUUUUCAUUUGUUUUUAUAGUUUGAGUUAACUUAGUUUCAUCUGUGUUAAAGCAGACCCAUCUUCAGGCGCAGAAAUAGGCUGAAAUAUUAUUUGAAUAAUAAAAGUCUUGAUUUAGUUGUUCAUAUUCCCAUUUUCCAAGACAAAGUUAGUUCAUUUACUACAAACCAGUUGCCACACAGUGAGCCAGGGUGUCUGGGGGGCCCCUGCUUUGCCUCGUUGGUAAUCCAGCCUUGGCUCCAUUGGUCCCUGACUUCUUAUCAGACAUCUGUAUUGCCAAUGACUGCCAAUGACAGAUAAUAACAUAAUAAGUUGUUUCUUACCAUCCAUCCGCCAUGUUUGUUUCCAAAAACACCUCUCAGCUGAGAGCACUACCUUAUUAAAAUGUUUACAUGAAAUAUUGAUGAAUAUGUGUUCCCAAAAUAUAUAAAGCACCACAUUCCCACUUUGUGCCGGCUAAAAAUAAGUUUCUGGAUGUUUUGCAAACGAGCCUUAUUAACACAGAAAUCUGUACGAGACAUUAAAAAGCAACUUAAACGAA